GCACCUACUCACGGGAUGCGGACUCUACAGCUCUACUCUGAUUGGUUGGGCGUUUCCUUGCGCUCUUCAUUGAUUGGGCGUACUUCGUGCUUCCGGAAAGUAGAGGAAGAAGAAAUAAUGGCGGAUGAAGCAGGCGAGACUGACGUGCAAGAGAUGGAAGUGGACAGAAGAAGAGAAUCUGAUGAAUCUGCUGACGAUGAAGCAAAGGAAAAACCCGAUUGUACGGCUAGUGGGGUGAAGAUUGAUGAAGAGCGUCUAGGAGAGGCAGAAGUACCAGUGGACAUGGAGACCAUUAAUCUGGAUCCAGAAGCUGAGGAUGUUGAUCUGAACCAUUUCAAAAUAGGGAAGAUUCAAGGCUUUGAGAUGCUCAAGAAAGUCAAGACUCUCUGCCUGCGCCAGAACCUAAUAAAGCUGAUUGAAAAUCUGGAACAAUUAGUGACGCUGACUGAGCUGGACCUGUAUGACAAUCAGAUCCGCAAGAUAGGCAACCUGGAAACCCUGAGAGAUCUCCAAAUCCUGGACCUGUCUUUCAACCUCUUAAGGAGGAUUGAAGGAUUGGAGUCAUUGUCUCAGCUGGAGCGCCUUUACCUUGUAAAUAACAAGAUCAGCCGCAUUGAAAACCUUGGAAACCUAACAAAGCUCCGCUUGUUGGAACUGGGCUCUAACCGCCUGCGGGUGAUUGAAAAUCUGGAUUCUCUGCGAGACCUCGACAGUCUCUUUCUUGGUAAAAAUAAAAUCACUAAACUCCAGAAUUUGGAAACGAUGACGAACCUUACUGUGCUGAGUGUGCAGAGUAACCGCUUAACAAAAAUUGAGGGUCUGCAAAAUCUUGUGAACUUACGAGAACUGUAUUUAAGUGACAAUGGGAUUCAAGUCAUAGAGGGACUGGACAACAAUAACAAACUGACUACCUUGGAUCUCGCUUCAAACAGGAUCAAAAGAAUUGAGAAUAUCAAACACUUAACAGAACUCCAGGAAUUUUGGAUGAAUGAUAACUUGGUAGAAAAUUGGAGUGACUUAGAAGAGCUGAGUGGAGCCCCGGGCCUGCAAACAGUAUACCUGGAGAGAAACCCUUUGCAGAAAGAUGCGCAGUAUAGGCGUAAAAUAAUGCUGGCCUUACCCUCCGUACGCCAGAUUGAUGCAACAUUUGUCCGCUUCUGAGAUGGUUUUGGGUAUUCUACAUCCCUCUCCUGAUGUUGUUGCAUCACAUAAAUAAGUGUAUCUAAGGCAGCAGUGAUGGGAACAUCUGUUCCAUGAAAUGAUUAUUUGAAAGUUAUUAUGAGGGGCCCCAGGUUGCUCAUGUCUGAUGUAAAGGGUCCCCGAUUUCUUCUUGUGAUGCCUCAUUCUCUUGUUAUGCCAUUAUACACCAUUGUCUUUGCUUGUCAUGUCCUAAGACCAAGCCUAUCUGCAUUGCUAUAUCACUCCAAACUCAGAGCAUAUCAUGUUGUACCUUUCCUUUAUUGGCAAUUUCCAUCCUCCCCUGGCAGUUGUUGCUUUUAUACAGAUAAUGUAUUCAUGUAGUUGGAAUAACAUCAUUGAAAUGCAGUAACAAAUUAGCCAGUAGUUAUUAUGUGCUGCUAACAGCCGCUGGCUGGACUUGCCAGUUAUUGUUACUGGGGGUGUUGCACAAAACCUUUUUCUGUAAAGUUGGUGCUGCAACCUGGACUGUUUAUGCUUUAGGUGGCAAGUAGCAUGCUAAAGAAACAUAGAGAUUCAAUUACCUUGUGUUUCUUAAGAUGAAUGUGAAAGAUUAAUUAGUUCUGGCUGAGAGGAUCCAGUACAUGCACCAAAUCAGGUCUGGGCUGAGCCCUUUUCAACAGCCGCAAUGUAAUUUCACACGAGUCUAGUAGGUGCAUAUAACGGACUUUAUAUAUGUGUGCAAGUGUUCCUGUUAGUUCAAAGCCAAAAUACUUUUUAUUUUAUUUGCAAAUAAGGUUAUCUAUAUAUAUACUAUUGUUGCUCUUACCAGUGUCUAUCCUGUCAUUCAUCUGAUGGCACCAGGUAUGUGUUGAUGGGAUAGUAUACACCUUUAUUCUACAUGAGAAAAAUAAAUAGAACUUGUGCUGAAAAUACUGGUUAUCUGACUUUGCAAGAAACAGGGAGGUGUUCUGAUGUCUCUGUGAAAAAUCUAUCCCCCAUAUGCAAUAAAAGGCACUAAGUUUGCACAGGAGCAGUAACCCAUAGCAACCAAUAAGAUCUUUGCUUUUAAACAGAUGACCAGUAAAUUCUACCUUCUGAUUGGUUGCUAUGGGUUACUGCUCCUGGGCAAACUUAGUGCCUUUUAUUUUAUUAGUUGAAUAUAGCAUACUGAGUCUGGUCCUGUAAGACUGGUGAUGUACUGUUUUUAGAAGGCAAUUCCAAUUAUGUUCAGGGUUAUUGCAUUGAGUGUUCUACAUCCCAUGUGGUUUCCAGCACAGUGGGCAGCAAUAGCUCAUAUUUGGCUCUUCAUAGAUUUCCAAAGGAAUGCUCAAUUUCCUAGAUAUAAUAACCUGACCCUCACCGGCAGAAACGUACCAUGUAUGUCUUAAGAGGCAAAUUCAAACAUUUUGCCACCCAUUGAACUGGAAACUGCAUGGGUGUCGAAGUCUUGAAUUUUCUCUGCAUGCUAUAGCCCUGACACAUGCUGGUCUGUAUUAGAGCAGAGACGCGUGGAGAUUCAGUCGCCUGUUGACAAAUCGCCUCUUCUUCGGGCGACUAAUACCCCCAAACUGCCUCUCCGCCGGCUAGAAUCUAAAUUGCUGGCGGGAUGGCACUCUGAAACUUCGGGCGACUAAGGAAAAUGAAUCGCCAUCCCGCGACAAUUUAGAUUCUAGCCGGCAGAGAGAUUAGUCCCCCGAAGAGGCAAUUUGCCGCUGGGCGACUAAUCUCUACGUUCGUCUCUCCCCCUAGAGCCAAGGUGUUGGGGAGUUUACAGUUCAAAUCUGUGAACCAAAACUGCCUUAAAAGGAACCCUCAAUAUUUCAUUACAUUGUAUCUUGUUAAAUAAAAAAAAAAUUAAGUUUUGCUACAUUACACCUUUUCCAAAACUAUUUUGUUCCCACUUAAAUCACAAGUUUACUUUGCAGGAUAAUAAACAAGGAAUGUAAUAUAACUUUAUUGUUCUAAUUAAACAUGAAUAAUAAACAGUUGUGUUUACUUUGUUGAAA